AUGGCGGGGCUGGAGGACGCGGCGGAGGAUCUCCUCGAGCGCCUCGGUGACAUCGGGGUGGCGGUCGAGGACGCGACCGUCGCGGACGUCACCGGGCGUCACCGCGCCAACGCGACGGUGUUCAACCGCAUCGCCCAGGCGCUCGCCCAGGACGUCGUCGCGGUCCUACCCACCGCCGGGGCGGACGACCCCGACGGAUGCGAGGCGGCGGCGAGCGCGGUGCAUCGUUCGGUCGCGUCCGCCGCGGCGGCCGGCGACGUCGCCGGCGCCACCCGCCGCGUGGAACAGGGCCUGCGCAGGCUCGGGACGGCCAUCGACAAGACGUCCCCGGCGGCGGCGUGCGAGACGCACGAGCUGCUGGAGAUGCUGGCGACGUACGUUCAAGCCGGGACGAUGCUCGCGAGGACAAAGGCGCAGAACCGAGACGAAGGCCGGGCGGGCGAACGACUUCAAAAGAUGGAGGUCGAAGCGCUCGUCCAAUCGGAGACGUCUCCGAUGGACGAGGUCCAAUCGGAACGCGCGUCGAGGGCGACGUGGCGACUCGCCGACGCCCUCGCGCCCCUCGACCCCCGAGUCGCCGUCGCCGCGCCCGACGCCCCGGCCGUCGCCGCGUCCGCCCUCGCGUGCGUCAAACGCGCCCUCGACGCGUUACCGACGGACCACCUGCGUCCACUGUUCCCGGAAUCCCGUGACGGUUCAACCGGUGACGCGUCGUUCCCCGGCCUGGACGGUGACCCGGUGAUCCGCUCGACGGUGGACGCAAUCGCGAACGAACUCGCGAGGGAAUACGCGCUUCGCAAGGAGACGGUGGCUAGGCGCGCGGGACUGACCGUGACGUCGUUCUCGUACAGCAAGCGGCUGCGGGCGCAACCGGAGGUUGGCCGGGACUUUCUCAGGCGCGUGGGCGCGGGCGGGACGCAGGCGCAGGGACGCGACGGAUUGCCGGGCAUCGGACGGUCGGUAACCCUCGCCGACGCGCGACGCGCCAGAGUCGCCGACCUCGCGCGGUGCGUCCUCCGGACCAACGCCGAGGCGCACCGCACGCUCGACGCGUCGGUGAAGCGGGUGCUCAUAGGAAACGUGCCCGACCGCGGGGGACGGACGGAGGAGGCGAGGGGCGGGCUCGGGGGGAACAUGCCCGCGUUCACCGCUCGCGUUGACCACGGGGGCGCGACGCACCGCCGCGGGGGCGGGCGGGGGCGCGGGGGAAGGGGUUCCGGGUCCCAGGGCGGCGGGGGAGGACGGGGCGGGUCCCAGGGCGGCGAUGGGGGGAGAAGAGGGGGCGGAGGACGGGGCGGGCGGCGGUGA